GGGCGCGUGAGUCACUCCGCUCCCCGGGGUGCGGAGCGGGACAUCGCCUCCCGCCUGGGCUCCGCAUUUCGUCUCCAGCUUCACCGACCAGCCGCCUUUCCGUCUAGGUGAGAGCCAGAACUUUUGUCUCUUCGUGGACUUGGCCCUCAGAGUUCAUCACUUUCUGGUCUCUACUACUGGCCCGGAAGAAUACCUGACUACCAUCGGCACUUCUUCAGAGACCUUAUAAAAACCACUCUGCCGUCAAACACAACUGAGUGACUCUGGGCUGUUCAGGAGGGCCUUAAGAACUGUGGCUAUCGAUUCACCUGGAAGAUUCAACCACUGCUACCCAGAGCUGCUGCUGGAAUACCAUGUCUAAGAACUCGGAGUUUAUCAAUCUGUCAUUUUUGUUAGAUCAUGAGAAGGAAAUGAUCCUGGGAGUCUUAAAGAGAGAUGAAUACUUGAAAAAAGUGGAGGACAAGAGAAUAAGGAAGCUGAAAAAUGAACUCUUAGAAGCAAAACAUAGAAGUGGGAAGACUCAACAACAAACCAACAGAGUCUGCGUUCACUGCCAGAGAAACCUGGGCUUAAUAUUUGACCGAGGCGAGCCGUGCCCGGCCUGCUCCCUGAGAGUGUGCAGCGAGUGUCGGGUCUCAGGCCUUGAUGGCGGCUGGAAGUGCGUUAUCUGUGCCAAAGUCGCACAGCUAAGGAUCGUAACUGGUGAGUGGUUUUUUGAAGAAAAGGCAAAGCGUUUCAAGCAAGUCAAUGUUCUGGGCACUGAUGUAGUCCGACAGUCCAUCUUAAGAAGAAGUCCAGGAACUGAAGAAAUACAAAGUCAAGAGCAACCCCGCCGGGACCCAGAAAAGACAGACACUUCACCUUCUGCUGGGCAAAAGGCCGGUCGUGACGGACCCAGAAGAAAAGGAUUUCUUCUGAGCAAGUUCAGAUCAGCAACCAGAGGAGAAAUCAUAACUCCAAAAACGGAAAGUGGGCGGAGCUACAGCUUGGACUUAGACAGCCAAAACUUUCGGAGUUUAAAGUCAGUCCCUGGUUCGGACAGGGGAAGCAGUGGUUCAUCAGAUCUGAAUGACCAGGAAGCUGGCCCCGCAACCCCGAAGAGUAGCCGGAGCAGCGGUGUGACCCCCGUCACUCAGAGGUCACCAGCCCCAAGCACAUACAGUGUGACCUCAGUCAGCAUUAGAGAACAUGGUUUUGAAAAUUCCGUGGAUUUGGCUGCCAUUGAAAGCACGUACAAGGACCUCCCAAAGAGUCAUCGCAGAAACGUUUCUGGUACACCUUCCAUCGCAGUGUCUGAGAUCUCCCUCUCCUCAGACCGGAGUCGAUCUGAGUUAGAUCUGACUGGGUCCUUUCCAGAAGACUUAGAGAAUACUGCAAACAUAAGAAGCAAUUAUGUCAAGUCAUACCUUCUUCCUGACAAGUCCAGAAACAAUAAGCGCAAGACCAAGGUCAGAACAGGCACCGAUCCAGAAUUCAAUGAGACGCUAAAGUACACCAUCAGCCACGCCCAGCUGGAAACAAGAACUCUGCAGCUCUCAGUCUGGCAUCAUGAUCGAUUUGGACGUAACAGCUUCCUUGGGGAGGUGGAGAUUCCUUUUGAUUCAUGGAACUUUGAAAAUCCAAAUGAUGAGUGGUUUGUGCUUCAGCCCAAGGUGGAAUUUGCUGCGGACAUAGGCCUUCACUAUAAAGGAGAGCUAACAGUUGUUUUACGUUACAUCCCCCCAGAGGAGAACCUGAUGCUUCCUCUAGAAGAAGUUCAAGGAAAGAAGACCUUCAAAAGGGGAAAGAAGAAGGAGUCACCUGUAAUCUCUGGAGGAAUCCUGGAAGUGUUCAUCAAAGAGGCAAAGAAUUUGACAGCAGUGAAGUCAGGAGGCACUUCUGAUAGCUUUGUGAAGGGCUACCUGCUCCCAGAUGAUAGCAAAGCUACCAAGCACAAAACUCUCGUGAUAAAGAAGAGUGUUAACCCUCAGUGGAAUCAUACUUUCAUGUUCAGUGGCCUGAGCCCCCAGGACAUAAAGAAUGUUUGCCUAGAACUUACCGUCUGGGACAAGGAGCCCUUUUCCAGCAACAUCUUUCUGGGAGGAGUUCGUUUGAAUUCUGGGACCGGUGUGAGCCAUGGGAAGAAUGUGGAUUGGAUGGACUCUCAGGGGGAAGAGCAACGCCUAUGGCAGAAGAUGGCGGACAGUCCUGGGACUCCCGUCGAGGGUGUACUCAUGCUCCGGUCCAGCAUGGGGAAGUGUAGGCUCUGAAGAUAUUUCGCAUCAAACUGAGCAUUGCCCUUAGAAGUUGGCAGAAGGGCUUUCCUCCUACUAUGGUACCAUUUAUGGCUUCUGAAAUUAAAACAAAUAGGAGGAGGAAAUCUACACAGGCAACACUAUCACAAAUAUUGGAAAGUUUGAACAAUAGCCAUGGAAAUUGGGCCACAUCAAGGAUUCCAAAGGAUUGUCUGAAUCAUCUGGAGUGUGAAUUUAAUACAUGGAUUCCAGAGCAUUGCUCCAAACCUACUGAACAGGAUUCCCAGGAAUUUCCAUCAUGUUUAUCAGCUUCUUGGGUGAUUCUAAUACAAAUGGAUCACAGUUUGAGAAACACUGCAUUAGAAGACAAAAUAACUCGACUAUAUUGUUUGGACUAACUCUGUCAUGAUGGCAGAUUGGAUUUGGCUAACCUGGACAUUGUUCAUUGCAAGACAACCAUGGUGAGGUGGAAGGAGCCUAACCUCAGACUCAGAUGAUAUUAGCUCAAGUCUCGACUAUUUACCAACUGUGUGACCUCAGUCAAGUUAAUUAUCCAGUCUAGGCCUUGAUCUGUUUGCCUGUAAAAUAGGAAUAAUUGGGCUAACUUGGAGUUAGUGAAGACAUGAAAUAUGCUUUGUAAUGCACUGUAGGGGGAAAAGGUCAUUGGUGAGCUAGUUACAGCACUCUGUGGUUCAUAAUCUCUUAGGCCCUUUUUUUCCUGAAUGCUUCAUUAGGGCUUAAUCAUUCUAUAUAUAGUGAAGUGGUUUCCAGUGUACAGCAGAAAUACAAGAAAGAAAAAGAAAAAAAAAAAAAACCCUUAUUUUGUGCUAUGUUACCCAUCGUGGGUGAUAGUAAUUUAUUUAUUUUCAGGCUGGAAUGUCCUGCUUCAUCUGACUAGAUAAUAAAUAUUUCAGAAUGUGUUUUAUUUGAUGGAGAGAAAAAACUGUGGUCCAUUUUUUGUUACUAGGUUGUGGAAUCUGCAAGUACAUCAUGUUGCCACACUUUUCCUUAACACCCUCUUCCAUUGUGAGGACCAUCUCUUUCUGUGGCCCGUUGUCUAUCCUUCAUGCCAGGGAGAUCAAACCUGCCUUCCUCAUGGGGAUGUUGUUCAGAAUCAUGCUUUUUAUUUGCAGAAGGAAAUGUACCAUUCUGUUGAAACAAAUUCCAUGGAAAUACAAGCUACUGUUGUCAUUAUGAGGAAUGCAUGGUGUUUCAAAGAUUCACAGUUGUACAUCAUUUACCUCACUGGAAUUCAUCAAACUGUUCUGGCAGAGGUUUCCUUCCCUAUUUGGAAAAGAGAAGUGGAAUAUAUAGUCAGUAUUGCCCAUAAAUGAUAGAACACUCAUAUAGGGUAGUAGAUCGUAUCUUUCUCUUUAGUAUUUCAGCACAAAAGGGGACUUAUCUCUGCUUUCCUUUUUCCUUGGUUGAGGCAAAAACCAAUACAGCAAGCAAAUAAAAUCUUAUUAUUGUUAAAGCAUAAAUCAUUGGCAUUUGUGAGGGAAAAAAAUGUCUCCUUCUAGAAGAGCAGGGAACUAGAUACGUUUUUGAAUCUAAAUAUUUUAGUUUCACUCCUUUAUCAUUAGAUCUGUUUACUUUGGAGGAAGGAAUCUGAUUGCUCCUUCCAUGCAUUUUUUUUUUUUUUUUUGCUUAGCCAAAUGUUCCUUUUGUCUUAAGAUUGAAACUUGUUUGUGCAAAUCCAUGAGAAAGGAUGAGUCCCAAAAACACAACUUUUUAAAUCUCUCGCAUUCAAAAAGAAGGAAGGGAGGAAGCCAUUCCAUUACAAGGCAGUUUAUGACCAUCGUUUAUGGUUCUUUUCUUUCGUUUUCCCAUAUUCAUUAUUCAUAAAUAGACAUUUUUGAAGAGAGAUCAUUGGCUUUCAGUUGAUGUGAAGAAAUAGAUGUCUAGGCUCUCCUGAGUCUUUUUGCUUUUGACCUGCCUCAUCACCUCCAAUUAAUCUGUCCUUAAUUCCUAAAUAUCUUCUUACAUUGUCCCUCUGACUGAUGGGGUGUAUUGAAGAACCUUAGAAGAUGCCCAGAAGGCUUUUUUUCCACAUGGAUUAAUGGAAAUAUUAAUUGUUAAUUUUCAGCUUUUUCCUUUCACCUCCAAACCCAGCUCCAUUGGAGUCAUAUGCUUGUAAAUCAUCUGAACGCACAAAGCCAGUUUAUGGGGUUGGGUGGGGACUGUCCUGGCUACUUACCAGGGUGCCAAGUGAUAAGGGCAUUAAACAUCCCUGAAAAGGUAAUGAGGUAGUGAACUUCUCAAAGGAAGAGUAUGGUAUUAGCAGGAAGAAAUAAUGUCUGUUUCAGUAGAUAAGUGAGGAGGGGACCCCAUGCCUGAAGAGCAAUUCAUGGUUGAGAAAUUCUAAGAAAGGUCUAUUUGAAGGCAAGGCUUUUGUUUUGUUGAAUAGGGAAUACAAUUUGGGCCAGACAUGAAUUGCUAAGGACAUAGGGAAAGGGGGGGCAGUUACCUCCAUUGGGUGUUUCCUUUGUACCCCUUCUACCAGGCAGGUGUUCCUCAAAAUAAAUGUUACACAAAUAUUUAAACAACCUUGUAGAGGGGCACCACAUCAUCAGGGCAAGAAUUGGCCCAACUGAAUGCACUAGAUCCCCAUCCCUAGACUGAGUGUUGUUGUCACAAGCAGGUUGGGUUUUUUUGUAUUUUCUGGGCCUGAAGAUGAGUCUAAGAGUUUAGCAGGCUGGAGAAGGAAGACACACUUUCAAUAUCCUAAGAACAGCUAAAGACCAUUGGGUCACUGGGACACUGGAACGGGGGAUCUCCUCAGGAAGCAAUAAGAGGGGUAACUUUCCAAAAUGCCAAAGGCUGGGUCACCUACCUGUGAGUCUGUUCAUUUCUGCUUUGUCCCUGGCACCCACCUGCUUUGGCUGUCCAUUUACUCUCCUCAACUCCUGCUCGGAUAGGAAGUUGAUCUCUUUGUUUGUUUUUAAAUCAAUAGAUAUUAUUGAUCAUAGCUGUAUUAGGUUUACAGAAAAAGUGAGCAGAAAGUACAGAGAGUUCCCAUAUACACUGCCCCCUCCCCUGCAAGUUUCUCUUCUAACGAACAUGGUGGUGUGGCACAUUUAUUGCAACUGGUGAAUUAGUAUUGGGACAUCAUUAUUAAUUAAAGUCCAUAGAUUAGGGUUCAUUCUUGGUGUUUUACAGUUCUGUGGGUUUUGACAAAUGCAAAAUAUCGUGUAUCUACAAUUACAUCAUCGUGCAGAAGAGUUUUGGUGCCAUUGAAAUCCCCUGUGCUCCAACCUGUAGCAACCACUGAUCUUUUUACCAUCUCUGUAACGUCUUGGUCUUUUCUCAGAAUGUCAUAGAGUUGAAAUCAUAUGGUAUGUGGCCUUUUCUGACUUGCUUGUUUCACUUGAUGCAUUUAAGAUUUCUCCGUGGCUUUUUGUGGCUUGAUUGUCCAUUUGUUUUUAUUUCCUUUUUUAAUUGUAGCAAGAGCACUUAACGUGAGAUCUGCCCUCUUAACAUGUUUUUAGGUGUAUAAUACAGUAUCUUUGUUUUUAAGUAAAGAGGAAAGGAUGGAACACUCUAGGAAACAAUAACGUAUUUUAAAAUCCCCUGGAGAUGAUGGGAGGGCUGCAUUCAUUUUGCUGGUUUUCUCGGUUCUGUUGUUGGCUCCAAACAACUCUUCCUGUUUACUUGUCUUGCCAUGUUCAGGGCAAAAUUAGUAACAAUACUUAAACGUGUAACAUGCCUACUUUUAAGCUUCUGUAAGGGGGAACAUGUACCCCAAACCAAAGCUUUGUGCCACCCUGUACUUGCUGCAAAGUUUAAUGUCUUUUUCAUUAAAUUCACUUUGCUAACA